CACGUGACGGCCACCCCCUCCCGCAAGGGGGGUGUCACGUGACGGUCCCCUCCGCGAGGGACGCGUCACGUGACGCCAGCCCUGCGCGAGCCUGGCCGGACGGAGCCGGUUUCCCCCGGAACGCCGAGAAGGCGCGGCCGCCUCAUCCGGGGACUUUUCCCUCAGCGCAGGAUGGCACAAAAGAAAUACCUUCAAGCAAAACUUACCAACUUCUUAAGAGAAGACAAAAUUCAACUGUGGAAGCCUCCGUACACCAAUGAAAAUAAAGAAGCAGGUUCGCUUUUGAAGGAGCUUGCCAAGAAAUACUCAGACAAGCUGGACUGUUGCGAAAAUGAAAUAGAGAAGAUAAUAGAAGAAAUCCGCUGUAAAGCUGUUGAGAGGGGGUCAGGCAAUGAAGCAUAUAAAGCCACGGGGAUUGCCACCAUCGAGGUGUUUUUGCCCCCCAAACACCGAAAAGAUAAAAAAAGCCUGCUGGAAACGAAACUGCAAAUCACCGGCAAGGAGUUGAGAGCCCAAAUAGCCCAGACCUAUGGAUUUCAAGAAAACUAUAUCAAAAUCGUUAUAAAUAAGAAGCAGCUUCAACUAGGGAAAACCCUGGAGGAGCAGGGCAUUACGCACAAUGUCAAAGCCAUGGUGCUGGAGCUGAAGCAGUCCGAAGAGGAGGCCAAAAAACAUCUUCAGGAAGAAGAACUGGAGCAGAAGGAACUGGACCAGAAGGAGAAAAGGAUGCAGAGAACAAAACGAGGGCUCGAAAUCCUGGCCCAGAGAGCUGAGACCGUGGAUCCGGACACCAUGCCAUACUUGGAAAUCGCCAACCAAACGGGCAGGUCCAUCAAGAUCCCCCCUGCAGAAAAGAAGGCCCUGAUGUUAGCCAUGGGAUAUCACGAAAAGGGCAGGGCUUUCCUGAAGAGGAAAGAGUAUGUUAUGGCCCUGCCCUUCCUCCUGGACGCAGACAAACACUUCUGCGAGUGCUGUAGGGAGUUGCUGGACACGGUGGACAACUACGCCGUGCUGCAGCUGGACACGGUGUGGUGCUACUUCCGCCUGGGCCAGCUGGAGUGCCUCGAUGACGCCGAGAGGAAGCUGAACAUGGCCCUCAACUGCUUCAAGAACUGCUAUGGCGAACACCACGAGAGACUCAUCCACAUUAAAGGGAGUUACGGCCGAGAGAAGGUUCUAUUUCUCAGACUCUACUUGCUCCAAGGAAUAAGAAACUUCCAUAGUGGGAAGGAGAAAGAGGCUUCCGAGUAUCUGAACAAGGCGAAGCACCUGUACGAGGAGCUGUCCAUCGACCCUCACAAAGUGGAGAGCCUGCUCCAGCUGGGCUUCACCCCACAGGAGGCCCGGCUGGGCCUGCGGGCCUGCGAGGGCAACGUGGACCACGCUGCCAACCACAUCACCAACCGGAGAGAGGAAAUGGCCCAAAUCAAAAGAGAGGAGAAAGAGAAGAGGAGGAAGCGGCUGGAAAGCAUCAACACCCUGAAAGGGAUGGGGUACUCGGCCCGUGCGGCCAGAGAAGUCCUCCGCCGGACCAAGGGAAACCUGGACGAAGCCCUUAAGAUCCUGCUGAGCGACCCUCAGGUGUGGUGGGUGGACGCGGCCGAGCCGCAGACCAGCCGGAUGCAGGACGCGGACCCGGACAGCAUCGAGAAGUUGGUGUACAUGGGCUUCGAGGCGAAGACGGCGGAGGAGGCGCUGAAGGUGUUCCGAGGCAACGUGCAGCUGGCCGCUCAGACCCUCGCCCUCAACGGAGGGGCGCUCCCCCCCGACCUGCACUCGCCCUCCACGCCCUCGACGCCUUCCACGGAGUCUCCUUCCACGGAGUCUCCCUCCGACUCGGCUGGCACCUCAAGCGCCUCCACGGACGACGACAUGGAGACGGAGGCCGUGCAGGAGAUCCUGGGUGACAUCCCGGAGCACGAGGAGGACUACCUGGACUUGACGCUGGAAGACGAGGCGGAGAUCAUGGCCGAGUACCUGUCUUACGUCGACAUGGCCCGGGCCCCUCCCCGCAAGGACUAGCCGCAGAACCGGCCUCCGCCUCACAGAUCGCAGCUCGCGCACGGCUCUUCCGCACUGUUUCUCUGGCUCCUGGGGCCCGGCCGCACCUGCUGGGAGACAAGCUGGGGGGCAUUGCCCCAUUUCUCCUCCUGCUUCCUCAGAAGAAGGUGGGGAGUCAGUGGGGGGGACACACAGGGUCACCCCGAGGCAAGGAAAGGUAGCUUUGCUUAUAUAUUCCCCCUUCCCAUUCCUCAGCCCCCGGUUUAUUUCGUCUUUGCCUGCUGCUCUCCCUCUGCUGCGGGCUGCCGCUUCUCCCAGCGGCACCCACGUUUCCACUGGCCGCCUUUCCUGUCUGCUGGCCGGCUAGUUCGUUAGAAUCACCGGCGGCCACGAGCACCAAGCUGCAGUCACGACGCUUUCAGUUUCGGGUUCCCCUUUUAUCUCCUCUGGGAAAAGCUAGAGCAGAAAGGUCCGACCUCACCUCUUUCACACUUUCAGGGAUUGAGCCAAAAGACAAACGAGUCUAUUUUUAACUGAAAUCAACACUGUUCUAUUUAACGCCACUUCUAGUCGAGGGCACUCUAGCAGGUUUAGAUAUGUUGACAGAUUUUUUUUCUUAACGUAGCGUCGAAACCAGUUCGCUUCUAAAGAUGCGCGGUCACAGUGGGAGUGGAAGGGCACUGUCCUUCCCCCGGCAGGCUUUGAUCUCCUCCCGGGUGGCGUAGCCAAAAGCGUAGCAAGCCGCAUCCUCGUUGGUCCCACAGGCCGACGCGUUUAAUCCGCCCCCCGAUUUUCUUUUGUUUAAAGCCAACGUGAGGGGCAGAAGGUAGCAGAGGUGACGGAUGGGUGUCCCCCACCCCGGGGUGAGCUAUGCCGUUGUGAGCGAGGGGCUUAACCUCAAUGAGCCUCUGUCCUCUGCAGUUGAAGAGAGAGAAUCAGCUGUUGGGUGGGCACGGGGGUACCCUGGGUCCACCAUCUGUGUGUCUCAGCGGGACCCACCAGAAUGGGAAGUUCUUUUAAAAACACGUUGCAAUAAACACGAUUCCUGUCA